AUUCCCCGCCCACUCUCCCCGUUUGUGGUGCUGCUCCUGCGGCUGUGGUCACAUGACAGAGAUCAGGGGGCGACCCGGGGCUGAGGAGCCCCCCACAGGGGAGCCUAUGCUGUGACCUGCAAACUGCCCCCAACUGGAGAGGUUUGUGUCUGUAUAAUACGUGCCGCACCGCCACACACCGUCGGUGUGCUCCCCAUCUUCUCCUGUCACGGCCUAUAAGACAGCCAUGGAGACUAACCUGCAGAAGAGGAAGGAGAACCGCAAGGCGCUGCGCAUCAAAGUAAUCAGUAUGGGCAACGCCGAGGUGGGCAAGAGCUGCAUUAUAAAGCGUUACUGCGAAAAGCGAUUCGUCCCCAAGUAUCAGACGACUAUCGGGAUAGAUUAUGGGGUCACUAAAGUGCAAGUCAGAGAGCGAGAGAUAAAGGUUAAUAUAUUCGACAUGGCGGGCCACCCUUUCUUCUAUGAGGUCCGGAACGAGUUCUACAAGGACACGCAGGGGGUGAUCCUGGUGUAUGACAUCUGUCUGAAGGAGUCUUUCAACAGCCUGGACGCCUGGCUGUCUGAGAUGAAGCAGGAGCUGGGCCCGCAGGGGAACAUUGACAACAUUGUCUUUGCCGUCUGUGCAAACAAGAUCGACUGCACCAAGCAUAGGGUCGUGGACGAGAGCGAGGGGCGACUCUGGGCCGAGAGCAGGGGCUUCCUGUACUUUGAAACUUCUGCACAAAGCGGGGAAGGAAUCAACGAGAUGUUCCAGGCUUUUUACUCGGCCAUCGUGGACUUAUGUGACAACGGCGGCAAGAAGCCCAUGUCCUCCAUUAACAUCGGGUUCACCAAAGAGCAGGCGGAUUCUAUUCGGCGGAUUCGCAACAGCAAGGACAGCUGGGACAUGUUGGGGGUGAAGCCGGGGGCCACCAGGGAAGAGGUUAACAAAGCGUAUCGGAAGCUCGCUGUUCUCCUCCACCCGGACAAAUGCGUGGCCCCUGGGAGCGAAGACGCCUUUAAGGCGGUUGUUAACGCCCGGACGGCAUUACUGAAGAACAUAAAAUAGAGCGUGGAUACGACUUACAGUCACCCUGAGAAUCCUAACCCCUGACACGCCCAGCACUAAAAGAUUGUACGGAGGGCUCCGUCACCCCCUUGUGGACAAUACACCGCCAUAUUUAUGUUACUUCAUCGACUGCAUGCGGACACGAUGUGGACGGUUCCAUUGCCGCUCUAAGUGGGCGGCAUCUAUGCAGAGGCGGAGCUCGGCUCGCUCAGCGUGGGCAGGUCUAGCCGUAUAAGCACAAGCCGGUUACAUAGCUUCGGGUCCCUCCGUUAUCUCCCUGUUGUAUUCGUUGUCGUCUUGAGGAGCAGAGUCAGGAGAGGAAGAGGCGAUUUUCUAAUUGAUGUAGAGUAGAUGAAACGUUAUUUAUUAUGUUCUUCCCCUAUUGACCGGGCAUCGUGGUCAGAGUAGAUAUGAUGUAUAUUAGAAUAGGCACCUAUAGAGCCUGGAUCUCAUGUGGUACUGGGGUAUUUAGGAAGUCUAGGGGGUUGGGAAGCACCCUGAGAGACACAAUAAAAAAAAUUUAAUAAAAAAAAUAAUAUAUAUACACUGUAUACACACACAUACUGUAAAGAAGAGAUAUAUGCAGUGCCACUAGGUGGCGAUAGAGACCUCAGCGUUAAAGGGGAAGCAUCACCAAACACAUAUGUUAAAAAGUUGUGCAAUGAUACAAAUUUCUAAAUCAUAUUUAAUGGGGUGACCCAGGACAUCCCCCUUUUAUGAGACAGAAUUCGUCGACCCCCCAGGAUGUAGCUUUUGAGGAUCUUCUGUGAUCUUAAAUGGUCAAGGAGAGGAUUAGAAAAAGCUGGCUGAUUUCUUCCCAAAACAGCUCCACACCUGCCCACAGAUCGUGUGCGGUAUUGCAGCUCAGCCCCAUUGACUUCAGUGGAGCUGAGCUGCAGUACCAGAAGCGACCUAUGGGGCCAGCGGUGGCGCUGUUGCAAAGAUGUAUAGAAAAGCCAUACACGUUGCUCCCUCCAUGUGGCACCAAAUUACUGUAGGUAUUGGAAACAGCGAGCUUGUCAUCAGACGCAGUCCUAACAGCUUAAUGCAGGGGGGGGGGGGCAAUGAAGAUUUCAGCUCCGAAGUCUGCAGAAUUAUGAAUUCAGCUCUGGAUUAUGAUUCCACCUUGAUGUGUUUGAUUCCCGGGGUACUCAGAGGCUGCAAUUGGGAGGGGGGGGGUCACUAUUCAGCGUCAGAUAGUGUAUGGAAAUGAGGUUACCAGGCCACACCCCCUUUUUCAUCAAUAUGUAAAUGAGUCUUCCAGGACAAGAAGAGGCGCCUUCCCUAGAGGAGUAUUUUAUUAUAAUCGAUGUUCCAGAUAUAAUCUUGUCGUUUUGUAUUCUAUUCUUUAUCAAACCCACUACUCUUAUUCUGCUGACUGAGGGGGAAAUAUAAUGAGCCUUUGCCUUCUUUUAUAUGUUGCUACAUGGAAACCAUCAACAAGCAGGAUCUCUGCAUAGUCAUUAAAAAUGGUAUGGCUGACCUGCUCAACCAUUGCUCCAUUCACCUCCUCCUGUCCCCACAGCUGAGGAGACUGGGGUCUAGCAACCAGUGGGUGUCCCAGCGUUUGGCACCCAGCAAUCUAGCUGUCCAGUGGAUGGGUGAUCAAUGCUUUUGGUUGGGAUACCCCUUUAAGGAGCCAAUCCUACCUACAUUUGUAGCAGAACACAAAAAACCCUACAUAGAGGCCAAUGAUAAAACUGGCAUCAGUCCACAGCAGCUGACCUCCUUGUUGAUGGUUUCCAGAAUAUUUAUUUUAACAAUGAACUGGAAAAACAGGUGAAGAAGACAAAUGACUUAGGCCUCCUGCACACGACCGUAUGGUUUUGCGGAUCCGUUUUUUUGUUUCAGUAGUGUUUCUGUUUUCCGUUCCGUUUGUGAUCCGUUUUUUGCAGAUCGGAAACGGAAGCAUACAAUA